UUAAUAUUUCUUCUCCUUUUUGCUCACACGAUCGAAGAGACCUCUUCGUUUGGUUUCGAUUCGGCAACAUCUUGUAGCCCAAAUGCAAAACAAUCCAGAAGAGGACGUGCUCAAAUGUUAGCCGCCAUACCCUGUGAUCUUACAACACAAGCCUAUUGUAACCUACCAGGAGCAGCUUAUCCCUGGCACGCUGUACGACGAUUCGUCCACGAAAAUCAGGGUUUAAUGAAACGAAUGUAUGGUGAUGUUCGCCAUAUAUCAGUAUUACGAGAUGAAAUCAUCAAUAAUGAAAUCGAGGUGGAAGAUAUUGAGUUGGCUACAGACAGAUAUUCUCGAGAUGGUUACAAUCGCAGAGCUUCUAAGUUAAUGCACAAUCGAGAAGAUUUUGAUAAUUUCAAAUCGAAUGAUGUGUUGCGUGAACCGCACUUUAGGCCAGUGACAACUACUACAACCACAACAACCACAAAGUCGCCGUUAAGCACAACAGAAAAAUUGGAGACAACCACGAAUAACAGUGAAAUGGAAAAGACUACCAACACGGAGGCAGAAACAAAAAUUACUGCUCCCAAUGGCAAUAACAAUAACAGCAAUACCAUUGAGUUAAAUAAAAAAUUGGAAAAUAAUUUCAAAUCAAAAUUACUUGAAAUUGAUGAAGAUCUUGAAUUAACUACAAAAACUGAGUUGGAAAAACAACUUGAAGAUGGCGACACAACUGUGGAGGAUGAAGAAGACGAAGAUGUUAAUAUUGAAUUCAAUAGUGUUUAUGAAACUCCCAAUGAAACUGCAUCAGCCGACAAAACUUCAGGUGAUAAUAUUGAAAUCGUGGAUUCACCACAAUUGGGUUUAACUAACAUAACAACCGAUUCUACAGUAAUUUUAACAACAACCACAACAGCACAAAAAAUUGAUAGCACUACUUCCGCUUCUAUCAGUACAUCAACAACAUCCAAGCCUACAACCACAAUAAAACCCGAAACUGUAGCUGAGAGAUCACCCGCCAAACAAAGAAAACCCUUUAUACCCUCUUCUCAACGUCAGAGACCAUCUCAACAUUUGCACAAAAUCGAUUCUACAAUUUCAGCUAAAUUACGAUUGAAACCAAAUCCAACACUAGCCACUCCAUCUAGGAUAACAACCACAACUUUAGCCUCAUCCAAUAACAACGAAAAUAAGACGGCAGACACCUCAUCCUCGACAACUCCUCUUACCACCACCAAAACAUCACCGUUUAAGAGUCAUCUAAACAAAAACUAUAAUCGCUACACUACUUCACAUAACAAUCGUUAUGCGAUUCCCACCACCCCACCACCAGGCUCGCAAUCUUUAACGCCAUCUGUACAACCGUUUAAAUCGAAUCCAGAACUUUUGUUGGGUGAAAAAAUACGAAAACCAGUAGCAAGUGCCACAUCCUCUGUAACUGCAGCAGGUUUAGCCUCUAAUAAGCCAGUGCUAAAGGAUAGUCAACUAUUUCAGGAUAGUAUGAAACAAGAACCAGCUGCUCCACCGGUGAAUGCAAGAGGAGUUAACGCCUGUCCGGUAAAAGAAGAAGUUGUGGCCCCAUUUUGGGCCAACAAUACACGAGGCGAAGUUUUGGCUCUACUCAAUCUAUAUCCCUUCGAACAAUACGUGCAUUGGGAAAAAUGUACGCAUGAGCACAAACAAAUGUACUGCCGUGAAGGUUGUCGCUGUGAGCAACAAUACCGUCUGCACCGUCUAUUGGCCUACGAUCCCCACAACGAAUGUCGUGGUAUAUUCUCUGAUUGGUUUAGAUUCCCCUCAUGCUGUAUCUGCAAAUGUUACAAUAUUCCGUUGGACUUUAGGGCCACAUCAAGAUCACCACGGUCGGAGAGUGGCACCAGUGACUACAGACAUCCCAUAGAAGUGGCCGAAGAACAAGUCAAAAAUGCCAUCUAUGAACAUGCUACGGAGGAAUGGUACCGUCCAAAAGAUGAAUUUGAUUUUUAUGAAGGUUAAAUUAAAUU